GUUGAUAUUGAAGAGAUAGAAGAAGCCGAGCAAAAAAUCAGUGCAUAGUUCUCCUGAGCCAAACUUAUGGAUUUAUAUAGCUAUCCUAGCUUCAGUAUUCUCUUUUGCUAGUAGUUUCUUUGUUGAAGACUUCUCCUCAAACUUGGUCCAAACAAGAGCCUUUAUUAGUGUUGAUUUUGCAAUUGAUGCUAUUCUUUACUUUAUUGUAGAUAGGAAAAAAAAUAAAGAAGGUGAUCCAGAUCAUUCCUUCAACUAUUUUUAUGAUGAAAACGAGCAAUUAAUAAUAGCUGUAGAAUUUAUUCUUAUAACUGAUGUGGUUUUUGUCCAUUAUUGGAGUCUUUAGAGUGGUUUUUGCUUGUAAAUAUUACCUCUAUGCAGAUCUUAACCUAAGCAUUCUAGGAACAUUGUUUGAAUUUUGUUCAGUAUUCACUUUAAUCUUAACAUAUUUCAUAUUUAAUGUGAAGACUAAAAUAUACCAUUACAUCAGAGUUGGUCUUCUCAUAACAUGUGCAGCAAUUAUAUCUUUAUGUAGACAAAAAACUCAAGAUGUUUUUGUUAUAGUUGAAGGAAAAGUAAUAGAGAGGUAUUCAAAAAUUGUGCAGAUUUCUAUUAGAAUCCUCUGGUUUGCAUACUUCACUUUGAGGACAUUAUAUCUCAAGCAUUUCAAAAAAUGAUUUCAACCCUUCUGAUUUUAUUUCUCUCAACUACAUCUCAGGACUCAUUUGCUUGAUUCCUACAAUUAUUUUCAUAAUGACUGAAGGAGUAUCCUUAAAAUUCUGGCUGAAUUCUUUGAUAGGAGUACUCCAAAUCUUGAGAGUUUGGAGAAUAUUAUGAAACUACCUAUGGGCUUACAUGGCAAGCAGCAGCUAUCACUAUUAUAGAAGCUCCUCUACAAACUAUUUUGGAUGUCUUCCUUCUCGAUCAGACUCCUGCUACUCUAGAAAUUUUAGUCUGUAUAUUAGGUAUCAUAGGUGCUUUGGUCAUUGCACUUGGAAACAGCAUCUAUAAUUUCCUGAGAAUCACAGAAGAUGAAUAA